ACGCGUGAAAUGACUUGCAUGUUCUCUUAUAAAAACCUAGAGUAACCGAAAAUAAGCUGUCCUUCCUCUUCUGUGUGUCGUGGUUUUUGAGCGCUCCCAGCCUGGGGCUGUGGGGCUGGUUCCAGGUCUGUGGGCAGGGAAGCCAAGGGUGCUGCUGAGGAGACUCCUCUCGCUAACUUUGUUCGUGUGCUGCUGCUUAUCCUCAGGACAGGCCAAGCGUAGAGCCCCAGUGGUUUACAGGUGGAGUUCAUAUCCUCUGACACCUGUACAAAAGGAGUAAACGUGAAACGCCCAAAUUUCUGAAGUGGGCACAGCUAAAUGAUGAGGGGAGCACCGUUUGUGGUGGCAUGGGGUGGAUCUGGCCUUCAGCAAUGGGAGGAUGUCCAAGAUGGAUAAAACUUGUCUGUAAUGAGCGAUCUUCAGUAGUUCUCUCUUUUUACUGAGCUAAAACCCUGUGAAAAUAAGAUUGAGGGAAGAAUAGAUAUACUUGACAUAUUCAGAGGUGGAUGUUAGGUUCCAUUCCUCAUGCAAAGCCGAGGAAAACUUUCAAGCUAAGUGUUCAUCUGUGGCUCAAGGACAUCUUGGUGUUUGUGAGAAAAGAGAAACUUCUGCGUGUGUUUUUAUCUCUCUUCUCCAGCUUGUCAAAUUUAAUUUGUUAUGGCGGUUAAAGUGGGCUUUCUACAACAGUAAUGUCUUGGAAGGUUUACGUAAGGAACUGGUGGAACAGCUUCUUUGAAGUGAUUCAGUGUCAUUGAGUACACCUUGACAUACAAACAUCUAUUGUUCAGGCACCCAUUUUACAUCAUUACAACUGCAUCAUUCUCCUUAAGCGAAUUUCUGCAACUGCUUUCCAAGCAAAUCUGCUGUUGGCAUUUCUUGAUGUUUUUGAAAGAGAGCUGGUGUAACCCCAAGAACCCACAAGUAUGUUUUCUAAUGAUUAGUUUAGAUGAGAUAAUCUUUGUGCAUGGUGUCAGCUCUAACCUGUCUUGUAAUAACUUUAGCUGUAGCUUUGUGUAUUGUGGAAUUGGGCAAUUAUUUUAAGAAAAGGUGGUGGCACCAAACAUUAGAAUUUAAGGUAAAGACCAACUGUUAUGUUGAUUGUCUUUUUAAUGCCAGUUGUUUAUGUAUAUGUUUGUUCCUGAACUAGGUUUAUAAUCUUAAAUCUAAAGAUUCUAAGGUGAGACUGCCUCUUUAAUAUAGACAGGUCCUUCUACCAUCUAUUUCUUUAAUUCUGGAGUUGUUUGAAGUAUGCAGUCUUUAGUAUGGACUGAAGUGCUUAAGUUUGUUGGUACAGUCACAAGACAAAUAUUGGGAGUGUGGUGAUAGUGUCUUACAAGAAGAUCUCACUUCUAUGAAAUCCUGAAAUUGCAAGCCAGAGCUAGUAUGUGCCAAGUAAGGAGGAAUUAAGUUGUAUUGCAUUCUAUAAAUUUGACAUGAGAUUAGGAUCACUUUAUGUCAUGGAAUUUUAAGUCCUGGAGCUACGAUUAUUAGUAGGUUGUCUUGUGAAGUGAAAGCCAGGGUGAGGGGCUUUUUCUGGAGUCCUGCCCUUCAAAGCCCUGUGGGGAGAGUUGGUUACUGCUCUGUGAACGACCACUGAGGAAUGGAUAGGAAUCAGGAUGGUCUCCUUGUAAGCCAGAGGGAUUUGUGUUUUCUCAUCCUCAAGCAAUAUGUACUGACUAUUUUUAGGCUUGCUGUUCAAGGUGGUAGGCUGGGUGCUCACAGUGCUCUUACACGGACUGUUGGUAGGUUCCAUAGCUCUCUGUGCUAGACCAUAUGAGGUAAUGCUUCAAGAAUGUGCUGUACAGAGAUUAUUUAUUGGUGCUCCUGAGGAGCUUCUUCUUAGUUACAGUCAAAAUUGCAUGCUUUUGUUCAAGUCUUAAGAACUAAAAGAUUCUAAUUUACUGGCAAGUAAUAUAUUUCCAGAUGAAGAGCCAUACUAAAGGCCACUGUGGUUGAAUGAGCCCAUAAUAGCAAUUCAUCCAAUACAUCCAUAAGAACUACAUAAAUAUUAUUUGUUUGGAGACUAGCAGAAUAAGAUUCUGGCUUCUUGGUGCAGUAUUCCCUUGAACAAACACCUGGUUAAAUUGCCUUUGGUCUUGAACUUCCUUAGGAUUCCUCACCCUCAGGUCUUGUAUUUGCAUGCCUGUGCCUGCAUGUAGGUUACUUGUAGGCUGUUAGGGAUUUGAUAAUGCAGCAAGGGAGCUGCAGUGUCUGUGAAACAGCUGAGGAAAUAAAGUACCCUUCAAACAUAUUUUAGGAGUUAACCAGCUGCAAGUCAUCUAGCAGGACCUGAUGCUGUCAGUUGAACUCUUCAAUAAAGUCAGUUAAUCAGUACCUAUAAAUAAAAGAAGGUACAAUAUAUACUGAUAGGUUAGUAACUAGUGUUGAACGUAAGAGUAUGUUGUACCUUGCACCAUUUAAACUAGUUGAAACAAUGAGCACUCAGCACAGGUGGCAUUGGUCUCCCAGGUAAGCUUUCAGGACAUCAGCAAUAAAUAGGUCUUAGUCUGAUGAUUAUUAGUGGACUCAGGAAGGUUUCUGCUAUAUUUAAAAAAAAAAUCCAAGUCUGUUAAUUAUUGUUGUUUAGCAUAAAACAACAUAAGCUUGUAUGAUGAGAGUAGCAUUUCUUUCUUUAGCAGAUUGUAUGGCAGGCUAGGUCAGCCCUGCAUUUUGGUGUGACUGCAGCAUUUGCUGACACAGUUGAAUUAGCAAGAUCAAAGCCUGCUAGCAGCAAAACUGGGCUGGCUUACAUUUGGAUGUUGGUGUUAGAAGCUUGCUUAGAGUAGGUACUCACUAAUCUGUUAUAGUUUUUAUCCUUGAUUUCAGCUGUAUAACAUACUUAAAAUUUAUUGGUGCAGCUUCUUUACUCUGCUUUCUGUUGAAAGGAGGUUGUCACCUUCAGUGGUGCAUGCCUGCUUUCCCCUUUUCGAGGAACAUCCAGUUUCAUUUGAUAGAAAGCUGCACUAAAUUUAGAAAAAAAAAAUCAAUGUUGUAAUGCUUGAGUGGAUUUCACAAGGUUUGAGCACACUCAUUACUGUUUCUAGCAUCAUCUGUGAUGAUCUGGAAUAGUUCUGUUUCCUAAAUAUUUACCUUUAGCAAAACAACUAGUCUUACAAAGCAGUCUGUUUAACCUGAUCUUUCUCAGGUGCACUGUCUUGUGCCUUGCAUUGAAUUAAUGGCACUUGAAUGUACAGCAUCACUGAAGCAAAUUGUUCACUGAAGACCUCAAAAUAGAAGUUUUACUCUUUUAAAUUUGAUUUCUUUGCAUAUUAAUAAAAGAGUGUAGUGGCAUAUGUUGAUACUUAAAUUCCCUUAACUCAUGAAUAAUGCUGUCAAACUGAGUUCCAUGUAAUUAAGAACUUAAUAACUGUAAUCAUUCUCCUCUCUUUCUGCUUUCCCUCACAGCUUUGUGGUAAAAAAACACCCGAACCCACAUACUCCCCUACAUUAAUGGGCAUAUUUGUAUUUUAAGGUUUUAGUGCUGCACUGGACAAUAGUUACUAUUGUAAAAUGACUUUGUGUUUUAUGUAGUAUACAUGGAAAUUUUCUUCUAAACCAUGUUUGAAAAUGGGAGACAUGAGAUGAAGAGAUUUAAGCACACACAAAUAUGCUAAAAUUGUAUGUUUUGGUUUUUUUUCAUUUGACACAAUCAUUUAAAUAGUAACUAUUGUUAUUUCUAAACUCUAAAGAAAAUGGAACAGGGAGAUUUUGGGGAAGAUGUUGCUGAUGCUUUCUUUUUACAGAUUUGUAUGUUGUCUUGAAUGAACAAAAAAGGAAAUGUGAUACUGUAGUCGUUCUGUCUGUGCUCGGAUACAUCUUAAAGCAGCUUUUCUCUCUGGCUUCAGCAACAUGCCUACCCCAGGAAUUCUUUCCUUCCAGCAGCCUUCUUGUUCUAUGUUUAAGAGCAGAAGUAGGCAAGUACAAUUAGCUAUUGCUGCAGUGAGUUUUUAGGUCUGGUAAGGCCCGUGUAUGCACUCUUUGUCGGUGCUGUUUCUCUGUUGUAGCUGACUAAAACAGUAAUUGGUUACACAUCUGCUCUUUACUGUUACUCUGAUGAAAUAUUUCCUGUGACUGAGUACAUCUGUUACAGAAAGGUAGGUGGCGGAACUUCAAUUUAACACACUGUAAAAUAUCCUGUGAGUUUAAUUAAACAGCAUAUCUGAAAUUCCGGAGUACCUUUGCAUUCAGCAAAUGGUAACCACCUGUGGUCCUGAUAUUUUCUGGGACAUCCUUUACUCCCCUACUUCUGCAGAUUUACAUUGUUAGAAAGGUUCUCUGGAGGUUUUGACAGAUCAUUGUGUGAAGUCUAUGCAAAUGUAGUGUUUUACAAUCUCAUUGAACAGAAUAGCUCAGUAUGUCUCUUAAUCUCACUUUUUAGUAAUACAGUACUUGUGAACUGCCACCCUUAGUGAAAAUAGUUUAGUAAUACAAUACACUUCCUCCUUCUCUCCCUCUCCCUUUUUUCUUAGAAAGUACUUUUGUUCAACCUUUUUUAUGCUUGGUUGCUAAUUUUUAGCUCCUAUGAAUUUAGCUUCAUUUGAUUCAGGAAGCAAGAUUCCAAUACUACUUGGUGGUUUUCCAUCCUACUUAGGGCAUUACUGAGUAGAAGGAAAGUGACCUUAGUGGGUUUUUCUUUUCAGAACCUAUUUGGAACACUCGAAAGUUAAGAUUAAUUAUAACUGUCUAAUAAUAUAUAAUGGAUUGUUUUGAAGCACUUUUUUCUUAUUUGGUUUGACUGGGAUUUGGUGCCUAGCCUUGACAUGUGUUUAUGUUUUCCCUCAUUCCCCCUUUCCUGUUGUCUGGUGUGUUCUAACUACAAAAGUUUCAAAAAAUUGAAAGACUUUGACUGGUUUGUGUACUACUGACUGUUUCACUAAUCAAUAUUUAAUAUGGUUUUCAUAGGAUAUGUAACAUGACACUGAUAUUCUGGACAGUUUACCAUAGGAGCCUCUGUGAAGCUGUUUUUUUGAAGUAAUGCCAAUAGAAAGUGGAAGUUGUGCAUCUGCUCGCCAAGCAAAGCAGAAACGUAAAUCACACAGCCUUUCCAUCAGAAGAACCAACAGUUCCGAGCAGGAACGGGCGGGGCUGCAGAGAGACAUGUUGGAAGGGCAGGAUUCUAAGUUACCAUCUGCUGUCCGGAAUACACUCCUUGAACUUUUUGGACAAAUAGAGCGGGAAUUUGAAAACCUGUAUAUUGAAAAUUUGGAAUUGCGUAGGGAGAUUGAUACACUGAAUGAGCGCUUGGCGGGUGAAGGACAGACAGUUGAUGGUGCUGAACUGAGCAAAGGACAACUGAAAACAAAAGCGAGUCAUAGUACCAGUCAGCUUUCUCAGAAAUUAAAGACAACUUACAAGGCAUCUACUAGCAAGAUUGUAUCCAGUUUUAAAACUACAACAUCAAGGGCAAUCUGUCAGCUGGUAAAGGAAUAUGUUGGCCACAGGGAUGGUAUUUGGGAUGUCAGUGUCGCGAAAACUCAGCCAGUGGUGUUGGGAACUGCAUCUGCUGAUCACACUGCUUUGCUGUGGAGCAUAGAAACAGGGAAGUGCCUUGUCAAGUAUGUAGGGCAUGUCGGCUCAGUAAACUCCAUAAAGUUUCAUCCCACUGAGCAAGUGGCUCUUACAGCAUCUGGAGACCAGACAGCUCACAUCUGGAGAUACAUAGUACAGUUGCCUACACCUCAGCCUACUGCAGACUGCAAUCAAGUGUCUGGAGAGGAUGAAGUUGAAAUAUCAGAUAAAGAUGAACCUGAUGGAGAUGGAGAUGGUUCCAGUGAUUGCCCCACUGUCAGAGCCCCAUUAACUUCACUGAAAAGCCAUCAAGGAGUAGUCAUAGCAGCCGACUGGCUUGUGGGAGGGAAGCAAGCUGUGACAGCAUCAUGGGACAGGACAGCAAAUCUGUAUGAUGUAGAGACUUCUGAACUUGUCCAUUCUCUUACAGGACACGACCAAGAGCUCACGCAUUGCUGUACACAUCCCACCCAGCGUCUCGUGGUGACAUCGUCACGGGACACCACCUUCCGUCUGUGGGACUUCAGAGAUCCUUCUAUCCAUUCUGUGAAUGUCUUUCAGGGCCACACAGACACUGUGACAUCUGCAGUUUUCACUGUGGGAGACAAUGUUGUGUCUGGUAGUGAUGACCGUACAGUAAAAGUCUGGGAUUUGAAAAACAUGAGGUCUCCUAUUGCAACAAUCCGCACAGAUUCUGCAAUCAACAGGAUUAACGUGUGCGUUGGCCAGAGGAUCAUCGCCCUUCCCCACGACAACCGGCAGGUUCGAUUGUUCGACAUGUCAGGGGUGCGGCUGGCCCGGCUCCCGCGCAGCAACAGACAGGGGCACAGGAGGAUGGUUUGCUGCUGCGCCUGGUGCGAGGACCACCCCACCUGCAACCUCUUCACCUGUGGCUUUGACCGCCAGGCCAUCGGCUGGAACAUCAACAUCCCUGCUUUGCUGCAAGAGAAGUGAAAUGCUGAGGGAGCUUCUGCGUUUGUGUCGCCGUGGGGACUUCUACACCUGGGCAGACUUUUCUGAGCACUGGUCUGCUGUCGCUGUAAAAGCUCUUCCGUGAGGGGAGACUUGAGCAAAUGUUGUUCUUGUUACCACAUUGUGCACAGUUUGCAUGGGUUGUACAGAGAAAUGUGAUUUUUUAAAAAUUAGUCUCGUGUAUGAACUUUUAUAUUUUGGCAUCCACUGGUCAAUAUGUUCACUGUUGUGUAGAGCACAUAAAUGUUCAUAAGUUAUUUAGCAUUUAAUAGUUACACAGUAGGGCAUUACAUUUGUGACAUAAAUGUGAAACUUAUGUAAUUACUGUAGAGAGUGUAUACAGUCUGUUACAGUUUUCCAUGACUCUACAUAUCUGCCUUGUGUUAAAAGGAAUCUGCAGGGCUAAAACUUUGAGAUGAAGUGUGAAUUUCACUAGUUAUAUGAUUGUAAACAUUUUCCUGUUUGCAUCUGAUUUGAAUACUUUUUUUAGUGCUGCCGUAUAGUGCGACUUCGACUCCAUUUUUACUCUGGUUACUAGAGAAAUAGUAGAUUUGAGAAGGAAAAUGCAAGCAACUUGUAGUGAGUAUAGACUGCUAGGUUUAUUUGUAAUCUUUUUUGUACUUAUUAUUUUGAAAAAAGAAAAAGAUCCAUUCUGCCCUUCUUAUAUAAAGUGAUUCUGAAACCUCAUCACAUUUCAUAUUAGCAAAAAUCCAGAAUAUUAUGAUUCUAAUCACUGAAAUCUAGUCAAGCAAAUUCUGAAGCACUUUAGUUUAUAGCUAUUGUUAUAAACCAUUUAUGAAAGUUUGACUUUACCAGUGAAUGUGAGCUAACCUUUGUAAGAAGGAUUAAUUCCUUUUGGUGAUCUGCCCAGAAAGGAAAUAGUUUAUUUGAGGGUUGAUGAAUUUGUUUAUGUACCUACAGUGAGCAUAGUUUUAAUUGUGUUCACUUCCCAUACUUUUGUUUUGAGCCAGCAAUACAAAGUAAAUGAGUACUACCUCAGAAAUGAAUGUUGGUCAAGAUGCAUCGAAUCUCUCUGUAGCCUAGAAAAAAGCACUUUUGGUCUCUGGCUAAAGUACCAUCUCUGACAGGAGAGGAAAGACAAUCAUACUACAUGUGAUCCUUAAGGUAGUUAACACAUAAAGCUAAUGGAGCAAUACACCAAGCCAACAUCAUCUGUCACCGUUCUGUUCUCAGCCAUGACAGGGGCGCUGCAGGUCCUGUCCUGUUCCAAAAGGGGGUAAUUAACAUAGCUCUCCCUUCUUUCUCCCAAAUGAUCUUGCUCUGGUUUUGCUCCUCACUGUGUUUUGCUGUUUUUGCUCUUGCAGUGGGGUGUUACUCUGCAGCUGCUGCUAUCAGUAAAUGUAGGUGGCAGCUGGUGUCUUGGAAAGAAUGGAAAGGUUGCUUCAGACAGACACUUGUUUUUUGGCUAAAGGGAGAUGCUGCCCCUGACUGUCAAACAUAUCACAGUAUAAGAUGAAGUGUGGGGGUGAGGAAGGGUGCACUCUGACAGUGGGAAUCAUGGUGGGUUGGCAGAAGUAUUAGGAACUUUUUAUCUCAUCAUCAGGAUUCUGUGCAACUACAGCUGUGCUCAUGUCCUCUACAUCACUGUUUAUCAUAACAUUAAGACGUGCUAGUUGGUUCUCCUGUUAACUAACAUUUGUGUGGCAUGGGAGUACAGUGGGAUGGGAUCAUGAAUGCAUCAGUGAGGAAUGGAAGGAAAACAGGGGGCCUGAACAUAGUUUUGGACUGUAAAGUUAAGGAGAAUCAAAAUAUUUAAUGGAGAAUAUAUGUAGUGUCUUUCUAGUACACGUCAUCAGAGUAAUUUGAUCCCUUGUUUUUUUCUGUUGUGGAGUUUGGGAUUUUUUCUUGAGAUACAGGAUGGACAACUGUGCUGAAGUAAUCUUAAAUACUAAAACUGGUGAGGUUGCAGAAAACAGCUGCAGAGUUUUAAGUGUUCUGGUGGUAAGAGUUAAAUGAUGGUGACAAUGUUUAUUUUUUUUCCAACGUUUUUUUUCCUCCUGGGUUUUUUACUCUGCGUUAAAGCCAUUUGAUGUUGGGUUACUGGUUUUAUUCCUUAAGAAAAUAAGACUCACUUUGUUUUAGUUGGUAACAGAGAGAACUUUACAAAGGUUUAUGCUGUUUAUAAAAAAAGAGAAAAAUGUCUGGCCAGUACAAGCAGUUUCUCCAGCAUGGCCUGCAUGUAGGAUCUGGAGCAAUGGCUCUCCUUUAUUACCUGAGGCAAAGGAGAGGGUCACUGGUUUUGGUCCUGCUAAACUAAAGUGUCUAAGCUUCUCUCAUACAUAUGUAAUACAGAACCACUGGACUCUAUGCAGUUUAAUCAUCAUUGCUGCAAACUUUUUAUAUCAACAGAGGGACCAUCCUCUGGCACCAGGAAUGGAUGGUUUCAUUUUGAAAAGAAUCAACCAAACAAGGUGCUAGAGCCACGUUCUUAUGAGCAGGCUAAUACUUACAUCAGCUAAACACUGAACUAUCACUUAGUUUAGUUUUCUAUACUGUACUGAAGGGUAAGCCAAACUACCAUCCCCCUUGAAGCAAAACAUAUGAGUAGGGGUAGUGAAUAAUACUACAUUGAUUAAAUAUGUGGAAAACAUUUCACGGCUCUAAAUGUUCUAAAAAGUGUAUUUUUCAGCACUGAACAAUGUCCAGCAUUUCAUUAAAUGGAGGAGAGUUGCAGUUACACUUUCAGUAUUGUGCAGAAUUUCACAGAAAACUCAUCACCAGGCAAAACCAAGCUUCUGUGUCUUUCUCUUAAGCAAUGCACAUCAAUUUUCACAAAGUUUGUGUAUACUUUACAAUCAGAAAGUUCUAGAAUGAAACAUCUUAUUUGCUGCCUAAAUCUGUGAAAACUACCUUUUGGGGAAAAGAAUUUAUAAGUUAUGUGGAACCACUUUUUAUUAUUCUGCUAAUUUGUUUUUAGAUGUAAAAUGUUUUUCUUCAUUACAAUUCAAAAUGCAUUAAAACAUUCAACAAUUUUUUUUUGCAAUUUGCUGUUCUUCUGUGUUGCAUUAAGGUUGCUGUUGAUGUCAAUAUUUCAGGUUUUUGUAGUCAAAGGAUCUUCCUAUUCACUUUCCACUCCUUUCUACUCAAAAACUUUGUUUCUAAGGCAUUGAUGAGCCGAGUUUGGAAGAGAAGGUCAAGUCUGUUUAUUACAGUAGAUCUUCUGUAGCACUUAAUGGUCACACUGCCAGUAAAGUAUCUGGACUGAAAGGGUGUUCAGGA